AUGUCUCCAAGUACCGAGACUUUGGACUUUUUACUAGAUUGGGUGAGUAAUAUUGAGUUUUUUGCUUUGAUUUUUAGGGUUUUGGAGAUUUUACGAAUGUUCACGCGUACGAAAGUCUUUCUUUGUUUUGAACGACAAUUAGAAAGAGUGAAAAACGAGAUAGCUGAGCAAAGCGAUUUUUUGAGCGAAAUUAUAACAAUAUAAAUUGGAUUUUAUAAAAAAUAUUGGUUUGACUUAAUUACUGAUGCAAAGUGACACUAUUUUACAAAACCAUAAUGAGCAUGAGAAUAACAACGUAUUUUCAAAGCAAUUUUACAUAAUAUUGGAUUUUAGGCAACAAAAUCACAUCCGGGAUCAGAAGUUUUUACAAGAGACAACGUGGUCGAUGGAAGGUUAAUAUCAGAGCUUCUUUAUUCACUGUAAGUUUGUAAAUAAAGUUUCUUACUCUCUUUAGAUGUGAAUCACAUUUUACGGACAGAUUUGUCACUGACGUGCAGGAUAUAAACGAUCAGACGUUGGAAUCGCAGGUGAAAAGGAUAACAUUAGUGAGGACGAAGAUUGAAGAGUUUUACGAAAACAAAUGUAAAAUCAAUUUGACUGAGGAUUCGACGUUUCUUCCUGAACCUACUGAUUUAGGUAUGUUUUAAGAAUUUGUUUUUUAACCAUAAUAAUUUAAUUUUAAAAAACAAAGUUGAGGUCUUAAGGAUUUGGGUAGGGUAUAUGAUUUAGAUAUCAUUAAAAAUGUCAGUCGAUAUACUAUUUUUAUUUAUAAUACGUAUUUUAGUCGCAAAAGAAGAAGAUGCAGUGUUAAAGUUCCUUUUUGUGGUAUCGACGAUCCCAACAGUUCUUAAUCAUAUCAGUAAGUCAGAUAUUUUAUUAUUUAACAUGUUAUCUUUGUGUUUGACGAUGGUUUUUAUGGUUAAACUUUGACGUUGAUGUUUAGCUGCUCGAAAAAUGCAGGAGAUGCUUCGACAUUCGCCUCAAGAAGUCCAAGACAGCAUAAAGGCGAUGGAACUACAGUUUAUCGAGAUUAUUCAAGGGCAAAGUACAACUGAUUUUAAUGUGGGUUUUAAAAUUUCAAAGUUUGAUUUUUUACAUUUUUAAAACAAAGUGAUUCAAUCAUCUUUUACAAUACCGUUUAGUUUUAUAAAUUUUAAUUAUCAAUACAUAUUUAAAAAUUUUUAGGCCAAACUCCAAGCCGAACUUCAAAAGUCAAAGGAAUUACGAGGGAAGUUAAGUGAAGCAACGAAUCAAGUAAGUCUAUAGGAAGAAAUAACUUUUUCAGUAAGAUUAACUACUAUUUUUAAUAAGAAUAAGAAGCUGUAACGUGAAAUGCAUAUGAAACAAAAAAUUUUAAUGAAGGAUGACGUUUCCCGUCGGUUUAUUUUGUGAAUCGAACGAGUGGGAGCGGUAAAAGCGGGAGUUCCAAAAGGGGAAAGAUUAGGUUUUGGGGGCGAGGAAUACAAAUUAAACGUUUAUGGAUAUUUUGGGGUUUGAUGAGUAUGUUAUGGAUGUGUUGGGUUCUAUGAAUAGAAGUGAGAAUGAGGUUAAAAAUGAGGUUUACUGGUUUUUGGCGCUUUAGUAAAGAGUAUUGGCAUAUUACAGGUUUUAAGUAAACGUUAUUUUGUAUUUUUUUGUUUUGAAUAACAUAUAAAAGGACUAGUUGUUCGUAAAGUCCUAUAAUAAUAUUGUUUUAGAACGCGAUUUUGAGUGACCGACUUUUAAAAGUGGAAUUCGAACUGAGCCACGCUAAAGAUGAACUGAAGAAGUACGCUGAAGACUCGGUCAGCAAAACCGAAUUGGAAUUGAAGAUGGACGACGCAAAAGCAUUGGAAGAUCGCCUCAGGCAGUCGGAUGAAUUGUCAAGAAAACUGGAGGGAGACGUUUCCGAAUUGGCACUGAAAUGUGAACGAUUGGAUGCUGAAAACAACAAACUUGUAAGUUUUUAUGUUUUUUUUUGGUUUUUAGAGUGAAGUUUGUAUUGCUGGAACUUUUAAAUUUCAAAAAAUGACAAAAAUGUAAAAGUUUAUGCUAUGAUACAUGAAUGAAGAUUGAUUUUUGAAGGUUUACAAAGCUUAUUAUUUUAGAAGAACCGAGUACGAGAAGCAGAAGAAGACCUCCAAGACCUAAAGACAGAGAAAGUGAGUAUAGAUCACAAACUAUCAUUGGCCGAAAGCAGAGCUUCAGACUUUGAAAAGAAGAUGAAUAUGCUAAAAGAGUACCAAAAGGCAGGCCCAGGGCAGUCCGAGUUCAACGCUUUGAAAGAACGAUAUCAGAAGAUUUUGAAAAUGAAUUCAGAAUUAGAGGAAAAGUGUUCGGCGAUGGAAACUUACAAAAGACAAAUGGAUAAUAUGCAAGCCAAUGUUCUGAUGCUGCGAUCUGAGAAGCAACAGACAGAAGAGAUGUUGUUUAAAGCACAAACAAAAUGCAGAGAUCUAAAGGAUCAGUUGAUGAAGGCUAAGAGUCAGAAUGAGGAGAAGAGUAGCGUAGCAUCGUCAUCACCGACGCUACAUGAAGAUUUGGGAGGGCAUUUUGGGAGUUUUGACGAUGGGAAGUAAGUUUUUGAGCUAAUUGUAUUGACAGUGGUACUUUUGGUACAAAUAUUUUAAUAUUAUAUUAAUUUAUGUAGCAUAAAUUAAAACAUAUUUUUAAUUUAGGUUUCAUCUUAAAAGUUUUUUAUUAAUUUGAUAAAAAAUGUUUGGAUUUUUUGUAAUUUCUUUAUAAUUUAUGGAAUUUUUGAAAUUUUUUAAAAAUAUAUAAAUCUUUUCUUUUAGUUUGGACUUGGUUGAUACCAAACUACGUGUGUCGACCUUAGAGACGGACAAAAAACAAUUAGAACAAGAGUUAGCUGCUUACAAACAAAACUCAUCGUUCGAGAUUCAACGAGCUAAUCAGAGUGCGGCGAAGGCUCGCGAGGAGAAGUUGGAGAUGGAUUUACAAUUGGAAACUAUGAAGACCGAGUUGCAGAAGUGUAAAAGUGAAUUGGCAGCUACUGAUGAUAAACGCAAACGGACUGAUGGUAUGUUGUCAUAUGUUUUUAUUGUGUUUUUGUAGGGUUUUAUAUUUAAAAAUAGUAGAAAAAGAAUCAGAAUUUGAAUAAGAAGAGAGAGUAUUGUUACCUAAAACUAAAAUCUGAUGAUAAAACGGAAUUCAAUUGAUUUUAAAUUUUAGACGAACUUCAAAAGCUAAAAUCUCGAGUCUGCGAUUACGAAGAAACAAUAAAACGCUCGGCUCAAAUCAUCUCAGAGUACGUCGUACUCAAUUCAGAUGACACUUCAAGUGGCCUAGGUGGAAGUGAAGUUCUGGAGCUGAAGGCUGAAGUAAAGCGAUUAGAAGAACAGUUGAAAUCAGUAAGACAACAAGCCGACGCUUACCGACACGUUGCUACAGAAGAACAACGUUUGAUUGCAACAGAAUUCUACGAACAAGCAGCUGAUGUGAUCCAAAGAAAACACUUGGCUCAGGAAGUUAGACAGACCUUGAGCUCGGAAAUGGCGCAUCCAAACACGGAACGACCAAACGAAUACAGUAGUCAUAGGCAUUUAAGUGAUUUACAAAGUGGAACGUCGUCUGCGAGGUUAGUUUUGGGGUUUUUUAGUUUAAUUUUAACUUAUUUGACUUAUAUUUUGAUGACUUCUUCUUAUGGUUGUAUUAAAAUUGUGAAACACAAUAUUAUCAACGAAAAAUUCUAAUUUUAGGUCAACCCCCACAACCUCAGUCUACCUCAACUCAUCGACAAACUCAAUGUCCAGUUCGGUGAACCAGACUCCUCUAACUGCACCAUCUCAGGACUCGGGAAUAUCCUCAAUUUUCAAAACUUUCUUACGAAAACAGCGGGAACCCAAUAGCAGUCGAACCCCAGCGAGGUGACUUUAACUUAUUUUACAUCAACUCAACUCUUACUAAGUAACAGGCGCUUUGGGCCGCGGUUUUUUUUACAUUACUCUUUAGUUUUAACAUUAUUUUGCAAAUUUCCACGGUUUUAUUUGUUCUUUUUGAGAUAUUUUGGUUGAUUUACGGGUAUUCGGGGAUAUUUAGGCAGAUUUGUGUAUAUGAUCUUCAUUUUAAAGUUAUUUUGGGGGUAUUAUUGGCCAAGUAAUAAUCUUGUACAGGUGAUCAAGGCCUUAAUAAUUUUUUUUUUUGGUUUUAGUAAGGCUGUUUGGUACAGUUUUUUGUUUUAUUAAGGGUUUUUUGAUUGUUUAAGUCAUUUUUUUAGCCUAUAGUUUUUUAGUUCUUUAAAAUGAUUUUUGAAAUAUACUUUUUUAAAUUGCUCAGUAAAAGAAGGUGAUAACAAAAUCCAUGGUCUUACACUCGAGAUUGUAAACAGUUCUCUUUAUGAUAUCGUUUAAAGUCAGGUUGUUUUACUCAAUUUUUUCAUUUUUUAGUUUGUUUUGGGUUUUUUUCGCUUAUGUUGGCUUUAACUAUGGUUGGUUUGUUGGUAUUGUAGAUUUUUGAUAAUGUUUUUAGUUUCAAAGCUUAAUUUUUUGAAUUGGGUGUGGUUUCAAAAGGUUUUUUUUAAAUUUAACAAAAAACUAUAAAAAUGGUUUGAGAUUAAGUGCUUUAUGUGAACUGAAUGUUUCAUGUUGUAAAAAAAGCUCUGUCAUAUUUUGAAUUUACAAUACUAACAAACAUAAUCUCGAUGAUGUAUAAUACAAUAAAAACGUCACAAAUCGGUUUGGGCUGUGGUAUUUUUGAAGUUUUAAAGUUUUAUUUUGUUGUUUGCUGCUUAUCUUUUAAGUCAAUUCAUUAAUUCUUUCGCAUUUUGAAUUUUGUAGGGAACAAAUUAAUGGAUUCAUAAAAAUUGUAAAUUUUCUAAAAAAGUUUUAAAAUAAAAAAUUGCGAAAGGAUUAAUGGAUUGCAAUGUAUUGUUAUAGACAAUGUAUUGUUAGAGGACAUAGCUAAAGCUGGAUUUACAGUUCUUUUUAACAGAUGGCCAGACCAGCACAACGCCCAAGUCAUACCUCCAAAGUCGAUGAGAGCCAACGGAAACGUAUUUCCUGACCAAAGGUUGAUCUAA